AGCAAGUUGUCGCAACGGCUCUGAGACUUAUCAAACUAUGACAGCUAACUCGGGAAGAGUGCUCUUUCCUUUUCGAGAAACUGGAACUUAAAUUGGGUCUGAGUAUAUAAAUUAUCCAGACGGUUUCAUUUACCUCAGCACUGUGGGAUGUCUACUGACAAGAUGGAUAAAAUAUUCAAAUUACUUCAGAAGUUCAGGCUGGAUAAAUACUACAAAAAAUUCAUCGAUCUUGGGAUUAAAGAAGAACUGGAUUUCUUUGACAGCGUCAAUGAUAUGACCUUAAAAAGCAUGGAUUUUUCACAAGCAGAGAGGAACCGGUAUGACAAUAUGAUUGGUUACCUACAAAGGAUUGGCAGUGCACCAGUUCCAGAAGGAAUGCCUGUAACGAAGUCACUUAAUUCAUUUCAUAUAUCCUACCGAUUUCCAAAAUGUCCUGGAAUACAAGAGAUCACAGGUCUAGAUCCUGCACAAAAUACAGUGGAGGACCUGAUGCUGCGAAUCUGCCAUGAAAACAAGGUUGACAGAAACAUGUCUGUAUGCCUUUACACUGCUGAUGGUAUGCCUUUGACCGAUGACCCCUUUUUCAACACAUGGUCAUUGAAUGACAGGCAUAUUGCAAGUGGGAGCGAACUGUAUGCCAUAUUUACACGAAGGGAAAAUUUAACAGAGUUACCACCGACACAAAGACAGGCCAACAUCAGAAAUGAAGGACCAAGUGUCAUCCGCUGUCACAUAAUGUUACAGGGAGACUUUGAAAUCAAAGUCGACUUUGAAAGUGAUACAUUGAGAGAUGUGACACAACGGCUUUCUCUCGAAAGCAGUAUACCAGCACCAGUUCUUCACAUCAGAGGUGAAGAGUAUAAUCACGUUGACAAACUAAGUGAACUUGGAAUCACUGAGGAUUCAGUUCUACAAUUCUAUCUGUCAUCGUAUGAUAACGAGAAACCAAGUCCAAGUCUUCUCUUCCAAACAGAUGUCAGACCGUCAGUGAAGCAAACAAAGAAAGGCCUAAGUGUUUUUCUGUCAACGCUGUAUGCCGUUAAACUUAAACACUGUGGAGACGAUUUCAAGAAAGUGGUUGCAUAUAUUCGGAGACUGAGUGGAUGCAAUGCUUUGGCUCAGAGUUUGUUCCAGAUGAUCUGUAGGAACUUCCAUGUAACUAGAAACCAAAAGAUUGCUCUUGUUGAGGGUCUUUACUUUCUUUUCCGAGAGUUGUUACCAGGUCUUAAUGAAAGAUCAGGCCCAAAGGUCAUCGAAGAUGGCAAAGUUUUUGAAUAUGCAAAUAUUUGCUGGGCUUACUUGAUUGGUCAAGGACAGAAUGAGAGUGAUGAUCUGGAGUACUACGCUACAAUUUCCUUGAAGACCUAUCCUACUGGCCAGCGGCUCUCUGAGCCAGUGAGAGUACCAGGGACACCAGAAGUAUUUGAUAGGUCAUACAUACUGGAAAAAAUCACAGAUGGUGUACGAAUUCCAAACUGUGAGGAGGAGAAUCUACUGGAGUCAUCGAUUCAAAGAGCUACAGACAUUGAGAAGAUUUUGCUUAGUCUUCCGGCAUCAUUUGAUCGAUUUCCAUUGUGGAUCUUUCAGAACAGCACCCCACCAGGUUGCAACUUUCAGAUUGAACAGAAGAAAACAUUUUCGGACAUGUUUGAGGAUGUCAAACAGUUCAGUCACUUGAUUAUCACACCACCCCUGCAACUGGCAAAUAUGGGAACAGAGAGUCCUCUGCUGGUGUAUCUCAGUGAAGAUAAUCUAGGUGUUUACUUGAACAAAGACAAGGGAGACCCGUUUAAGAUUAGGAUUUACGACUGUCUGUCUGGAAAAGAGACCACAAAAAAUGUGAAUGAUCUGGCUAAAAUACUCAAUGAUACCAGAACUGACAAUACUGUUGAAGUCAGUAAAACCCCCAAAGAGGCAAUUGUGGUGCUCUUUGAUUCGAGUUCUUCAAUGAUGGAAGAAUGUUAUGACACUGUCAGUCAGAUGAAGCGCAUUGAUGCAGUCAAGCAAAUCUUUGACAGCUUUUCAAACCGAAGCAUGUCGUAUGAUUUUCAACAUGUCAUCUGCCUUGUGAUGUUUAACGACAAAGUGAAAACUCUUCUGAAAUUCACAGAAAAUUUGGAAGCCUUCAAGGAGCAAGUGCAUGCUAUUGAAGCAUCUGGGUACACUAGGUUAUAUGAUGCACUUGUUCGUGGUAUCGCAGAGCUGGACAAUAUCAAGAAAAGAUUUCCAGCUUGCAGAUGUCGCAUCUUAUGUUUGACAGAUGGCAACGAUUUCAGUUCCAUGAGUAAUCCAGUCACCAUUGCCAGAAAAUUGGUGAACAGCAAUAUUGUGGUUGACGCAGUUAUUGUUGGCGAGGCAGAUAACACUGUUUUACAUGGAAUCAGCCAUGUAACAGGUGGAUAUUGCUUUAAGCCUGAGAAUGCAAAAGCUGCCCUUAAGCUGUUUGAGAUGGAAACUGUUUUGUCCAUGGAGCUGAGGGCAGAGAGAACAAGGGUAUCGGUUUCUUCCAUAAAAACAGAGGAAGACUUGACCAGAAUUUUUGCAACCCAUGGCUAUGAUGAAAGACCAGAAAUGAAGCUUCCUGCUCAAAUCACUAAGAAAGCGGCCAGGACAGAGAAUGUACUAAAAAAGAAGAUACGAGAAUCCAAGUCAGGCCGCUUCAUGGAGAAAGAGAAACGGAUCAUAGAAGAACUGAAAAGUCUUCACUGUGAUCCCCAUCCAUUUUGUUCUGUGUAUCCCUCAGAAACCGACUUCACUUUUUGGAGGAUUGUCAUGAAAGGCCCUCCUGACACCCCCUAUGAGAAUGGAACCUUUGAGCUCUACUGCCAGUUUGGUGAUGAUUAUCCAGUGAAACCACCUGUCGUUCGGUUCUACACUCCUAUUUACCAUUGCAACAUCAACAGUGUGGGAAGGAUUUGCCACAACAUCUUUGAUCGACACUACUCAGCUGAUGUUACUAUGAGAGAGAUCUUGGAUGCUGUAUAUGGACUUCUGAUAGUCCCAGAGGCAGAAGAUCCGUUAGACAGCAUAUUAGCUGAGGAAUUCCUGACUAGCAAAGAAAGCUAUGAGCAAGCAGCUAAAGAUGCCACUGCAAUAAAUGCAUGUCAGUCCAUGGAAUUCAUUGAAAAGCAAUACAUAGGUGAGAGCAAUGUCAAAGUGCCGCCUCAUCUGGUAUGUCCCUUGACGGGGAAGAUAUUCAUUGAUCCAGUCAAGGCCAAAAGUGGAUGUGUGUAUGAGCGAAGAGCCAUUGAGGAAUAUCUCAAGACGAACAAAAAUGAUCCAGUAACAGGGAAGCCACUUAGUGGCACAGAUCUUACUCCAGACAAGAACAUGAAAAAGUCUGUUAUGGAGUAUCGCACGUCCCAGAUAGAGGAGACAGAUCCCUAAAUAAAAUAGUUAUUGUUUUGGCAGUGAUUCAGCUGCACUACAGUAAUCACAGGAUACACUUUUUCGAUCUCUUUUGGUUAUGUGGCAGAGCUUUUUGCAUUUUACAUGUGUAGAAAUUGCAAAAUGCCACUGCAUAUUAUUACUUUGAUAUGUUGUUCAGUGUAUCUUGUUUAUCUUUACUUUACGAGAUGUUUAUCUAAUUUAGAGUUUAUACAAGUUAUACAAGAGAGGUUAUAGUGUUUCUGCCACAAAAUAAAAAAUUAAACUUUG